AUGGAGUUGGAUGACUGCAUAGAAUUUGAUGGCAUGAGCAAUGAAUUGGUUUACUGCUCCCUCGCUCAUGAACCACAAACACCUGUGCCAAAAAAAAGGAAAAAACCAAGUGUAACAUCAUCUUGGACCUACAGUACCAUUAAUGGUUUAAUUCAAGCUGUAGAAGAACACCCUUGUGUUUGGGAAUACUCUAUCCCAGACUAUAAAGAUAGGAACAAACGGGAGCAGGCUUGGCGCGAAAUUAAAAAAAAUUGUCCGGAGCAUACGGUGGAAGAUUGUAAAGCCAAAUGGGCCAAUGUGAAAACGGCUUUUCAAAAUGUUAAAAAAAAAAAUAAAGCAAAGUCUGGCCAGGGAGCUGAAAACAACCAGCCACAUUGGCCGCAUUGGACUGCAAUGCAAUUUUAUAAUCAACACAACAUAUUAAAAACUUCUUCUUCAGUGUCAACGUUAGAUGUAGAAGAAACUCAGCCAGGCUGUAGUACGUCGCAAAAUAUUUCCCUACCUGAGACGGCAAAUUCUUCCCUACCUGUGACAGCCAACAUAAAUAAAACUGACAUGUUGCAGCUUGCAGUCAAGUGCUUAGAGGCGGAAGAAGACAAUUGGUAUGCAAUAGGAAUGUAUUUGGCGUCACAAAUGCGGGAAAUUGCCAAGAAAAACAUGCACAUGCAACUUGUUAAAACCGUAAUGGAAGCAACUUUGGAAGCAGAAGAUGAGACUUAA